CCAUUUCAACUUUACCUUCUGCUCCAAGAUCUACCCACUCCCUUUCUCAAGGGCUCAAACAUAGCGCUGACUGCUGAGCAAGUACGGUCAGGUGUGCAGGCUAAGUUUGUGAAGAGCAGCGUGAGGACCGAGGAUUGCCUCUCCGAUGGGUCCCCGGAUUUCGCCCUCGUCGAGAAAUCUUUUUUCCCCAAUGAAUAUCGGGAAAUCUUCUCUUCUCAAUUCGCUGGUCAGAAGGAAGAAGCGAGAAGCUCGCCCUCACUUCUAAGAAACCUGGUAUGUUUCUACACCACAAGAAUGCAGGAAAGAUUGGGCAAGGAUUACUUCCUCAACCGUUCAAUGUUGGUCUUUGUGUUCCUUCUCAUAGAUGCAAGUAUCCCAGCAAAGAAGAUCGAUCUGGAGUAUGCAAGUUGGCUUGGUCAGUACCAGGUCUUAGGAUGACGCUUACUAAUUUCUACCAAAACCAUUCUCAACUCUUCAUUUGUGUGUGAUUUCUUUAUACCUGCAGAUUUGGCAUCUUUCUAUUUCUUGCUCAUUGGUACCAGCUCUCUCACCAUAACGCAAGGGAAAUGGUAGAAACACAUUGCCCUCUUGUGUUGCACAUGGAUUCUUCUUUGGCGAGGAUGAGAUGAAGCACCAAAACCCUUUUUUGGGGAAAGAAGAGAAAAAUUUGUUUCUGCAUGUUUCGGCAAUUGUUUACAUUCAAUCCACUAUGAUGAAAAUCCACAAACUAUGAAGCCAUUGACCAUGGUAGGGGUUUCUAUUUGGAAGAAGAAGCUUUGGAACCUACUAGAUGAAGACUCUGAUGAUGAACGUACACACUAGGGCUGCAGGGGAGAAUGGAAUAUCAAAUCAAAGCCAUUGACAGGUACUACUUUUGUUGACAAGGUAGAGAAUUUUUUUUGUCUUUUAUACGAGAAAUCAGUCUUACGACAUCAAACCCUCCAUAGAUACCCGACAAAUCCUGAUAGCAUUUAAUACGAGCUUACAUCCCUGUCGGUGGCCACCAAGGGGGUAACACAGAAGUGCCGGCUACCAAGGAUCGAACCUAGAAAAUUCCUGGACACAAUCUUACGCCUUUACCACCUCCACCACCCCUUGGUGGUUGCCAGAGAAUGCUUUCGUCCAAAACACUUGGCAAUUAGAAGUUUGUUUCUUUUGAAUUGGUGCUUAGUUAAUAGUCAAUAUGUCAGCUAACCUUUAUACUUAUGGCUUUACUGUUAUUAUGAUCACCC